ACCAUCGACCGCAGGGCCCCGCAUACCGGCGAGGUCAACCGGGCCCGCCACAUGCCGCAGAAGCCCAACUUGGUCGCGACGAAGACCGCGGUCGCGGAGGUGCACGUGUUUGAUCUGGGGAAGGAGGAGAAGGGGAUCGGUGGGCCGGAGGCGGUGCUGAGAGGGCACGAGAUGGAGGGGUACGGGGUUGAUUGGAGCACGGUGAAGGAGGGGUGGCUGAUAAGUGGGGGUUAUGAUUCGAAGAUUUGCUUUUGGGAUGUUGGGGGUUGUGGAGGAGGGAGGGUUCUGGAUGCUCGCCAGGUGUUCGAGGCUCACACGGCUGCAGUCGAGGAUGUUGCAUGGCACUUGGAAAAUGAGAAAAUUUUUGCUUCUGUUGGAGAUGAUCAUAUGUUGAUGAUAUGGGACUUGCGCACAUCAAAGCCACAACAUUCAAUUCAAGCACAUGAAGACGAGGUCAACAGUCUGUCCUUUAAUCAUUUCAAUGACUGUAUUUUGGCAACGGGAUCUGCAGACUCAACAGUUAACUUGUUUGACUUGCGAAAGCUGACAACAAGUUUGCAUACAUUUUCUAGCCACAGCGGGCCAGUAUUUCAAGUUGAAUGGAGCCCUGAUUAUGAAACUGUUUUGGCCUCCUCUUCUGCUGAUAAACGGCUGAUGAUUUGGGAUCUUUGCAGGAUUGGCGAUGAGCAAUCAGAAGAAGAUGCUGAGGAUGGACCCCCGGAGCUUCUUUUUGUUCAUGGAGGUCACACCUCCAAGAUCUCCGAAUUCUCAUGGAACCCUAACGAGCCCUGGGUAAUAGCUAGUGUUGCGGAGGAUAAUAUUCUCCAAGUAUGGCAGGUGGCUGAAAGCAUUUACCGGGAUGACUACAGCUUAGAAACCGAUGGCGAUAUUUAUGCGGCCACCUAGAUCUUUAUGGGAACCACUCUACUGAGCUUGCAGACCAUUUGCGGAGUGUAGUUUUACAGAACUAUGGAUUUAGUGUGGAGGACAGGACGUAGGUUUAUGGACUUGUUUGUAAGCUAAUAGUGAUGAUAUGAACUUAUUGUGAGCGCAGUUUCAAGUCGGGGAUCAAGAAUUGAUAUGAUAUGUUGCUGGGGUUUCAAGUUUUGGUGCCCCAUCUUUUUUCCUU